CCAGUUAGUCGUCACACAGAGCAGCACGCGAAAGCAACGCUUAAACGUCUCCAAAACUAAUACAGAAUAUUAACGUGUAUGCUUCGCGUUUAUUGUGCCAAAACCAAAAAAGAAGAAGAAACAAAUAUAAUUGCAGUCGAAACAACUGUAAAGCAAAUGUGUAGUUGUGAGCAGUGCAAAAAAGUUAAAGCAAAAGUAAUAAGAAGAAUGCGCGUAGUGUAAAGAAAGCGCAACGGGACUAGGAAAUACUACAUUAAAAGAAAAUGCAAAUUUGUUGAGCAUAAAGCAACAACAGGCAACACAAAUAAAGUAUCAUAUAUAUACGAGUUACUAAAACAGCCCCCGCGUCGAUCGCCAAACGAACUCGCUGUUAACCAAGUGCGAUAACUAGAACUAAAAGCUAAAUGACUAUGACUUCAACAGUGCUGCAGCGUCCAGUAACGACAGCAACAACAACAGCGACAAUUGUAGAUAAACAGCAAACUGCAAAAGCAACAAAAGCAGCAACAACAAGAAGUCGCAACACAAUGGCCUGGUCUCAUGAGAAAUUGCGUUUCUCAUGCAUUGAUAACAUUGGCCUGAAGCAGCUAUGGAAACUGAUUGCAUUGGACACAGCUCCCAAUGGGACAGCUUCCCCCACUAGCAACAACCACAACAACAUCAACAUCAACAACAACAAUAAGUCUGGCAAUGUGGAACAGCCGAAAGACAGCAACAGCAACAAUAUUAACAAUGAGCGCCUAACCAUACCCUACGAUAACUGCGAUAACUUGGCCGACUAUUUGAGCCUACACAGAGCCGAUCUGGCUCAAAUGCAGGAGCCAUCGUCAACGCCAACGAAUCAACAGCGCAUGUCACUGCUCAAGUUCUUGGCCAUUAAUGCUUUGGAACUGAGCGCCCCAGCCACGCCCUUGCUUUUGCAACAACAGACACAAUCGAAGCCACACGGCUGGAUGCAGCUCUCCGGUCAUCCCGAAAGCAUUGUGCCCACAUCGACAGGCAUUGUGCGGAAACGGAUCGUUGGCGUGGAGGACAGUGAGGUGCUUGCCUAUCAAUGGAUCUCGCAGGAGCCAAAGACCUCACAGAUAGUGCCCGCUUAUUUGGGGUUGCGUGAGAUGCAGUCACAGCAUUACAUCGAGUUGCAGGAUCUAUUGGCUGGCUUCAAAGAUCCCUGUGUGAUGGACAUUAAGCUCGGCAGUCGCACAUUUCUGGAGUCUGAGGUCAGCAACAAAACCAUGCGCCCCGAUCUCUAUCAAAAGAUGAUCGCCGUGGAUGCCAGUGCCCCAACGCAGGCAGAGCACGAGGCGCAGGCCAUCACAAAGCUGCGUUACAUGCUCUUCCGUGAAUCGUUGUCGUCGUCGCACUCGAAGGGCUUUCGCAUUGAGGCGCUGCGUCUGCGUGGUCGUGCCCCCGUCAAGGAUUUGAAGACGUGUCGCACCGGUGAACAGAUCUCACAAACCAUUGAACAGUUCCUUGUGGCACGCAGGUCCGUGCAAAAGGAGCUGAUCAAGCGGCUCAAGCAUAUGCGUUUGGUCAUCGAGCAGUCUGCCUUCUUCAAUCGCCACGAGAUCGUUGGCUCCAGCAUCUUCAUUGUCUAUGACGAUCAUCGUGUUGGCGCCUGGCUGAUUGACUUUGCCAAGUCGCGCCAAUUGCCGCCGCAGUUGAGCGUCAAUCAUCGUAGCCCUUGGACGCCCGGCAAUCGGGAAGAAGGUCUGCUACGUGGCAUGGAUGAACUGAUUCGUUCCUUCGAGGAGGUUUACGCUCGCAGCAGCAGCCAUCGUGGUUGCCUCAAGAUUUAAAUAGGUUGCCAUCUGCAUCUGCCCAGUUAUCUGGCAUUUUAAGACUGAUUUGCACAAUUAAUUUAUGUUCGAAUCUCGAUUCGAAUGAUUAAUCGCCCCAUUGCAUCACCAGAAAAAACUUACACAUCCCGCCAGGCUUUGACUAUUUUCCAUAUUGGAAGCGUCCAUCUAAGCGCUGGAUUUUUGCACUUUUAGAGAAUAUACACACAUACACUCACACACACAUACAUUUAUUUAAUAAGAACGAUUAGUAUUGAUCAACACCAAGCAGCAUUUGUUUGAUUGAAAACAGGUUUAAUUUCCUUCAUUUACUCUAAGUAUUGCUAUUUUGAAAAUAUGAAAUACAACAAAUGGAAAUAUGAAUGAAAAAAGCAUUAAGAAUUUACCCACUGUGAAUUGUUGUACACAAGAAAUAAAAUCUCAAGAAAAUAAGAUGGAAAAUAUUCCAAUG